AUGUCGAACACCAUCGCCCUAUACCCGUUAUCCAACUUUACCUUUAGCACGAAAGAGGCACAACCUGAAGAGGACCCCAGCGUCGCAGCGCGUCUGCAGCGCUUGCAGAACAACUAUGAGGAUUUCGGCAUGCGCAGGACUGUCGAGGGCAUCCUUGUCGUGCACGAUCACGGGCACCCGCACAUUCUGAUGCUACAAAUUGCGAACGCGUUUUUCAAACUCCCUGGGGACUAUCUCAAACCAGGUGAAGAUGAGAUCGACGGUCUUAAGCGGCAGCUCGACGCGCGCCUCGCGCCUCCCACUGGCUCUGCGCAGUUCAACUCUACGCACGGGGUGGAUAACGAAUGGGAGAUUGGAGAUUGUUUGGCGCAGUGGUGGAGGCCGAAUUUCGAGACGUUCAUGUACCCCUUCAUUCCAGCCCAUAUAACGAAGCCGAAAGAAUGCAAGAAGAUGUUCCUCGUGCAGAUGCCUGAGCGAAAGGUACUUGCUGUCCCGAAAAACAUGAAGCUUCUCGCGAUCCCGCUGUUCGAGCUGUACGACAACGCCGCGCGAUACGGCCCGCAGCUCAGCGCUAUUCCUCACCUGCUUUCUCGAUACAACUUCAUUUAUCAGUGA